CAGGGAAGGAGAGGGAGAAAGAGCGAGUGAUCGCACCACAAGAAGGAAAUGAAGUGAUUAUGUCACAUGGAAUAUCUGCGGGAAUAGCAGCUCAUUUCACACCAGCUGUACAAGGGAGCAUUGCAGACGCAACACAAGGCGGUUGGGGUACAGUUCCAUGACCGACUCGAGGACCAGCUAACCCCGUGUCACUGAGGUCGUGGCAGAAUUCACUGGCGGAGGAAGUGGAAUGACGUUUUGAUGUUCAAUGCUGUUUCGCAUUCCCGAGUGGGCCCAUUUCUGUGGUUGUGGAGGAGAGUAUCAUGAUCUCCAAGGCCGUGGUGCUCGUCAUUUUUAUCAUCCUGACCAUCGGCGGAAAUGUAUUGGUGUGUUUGGCUGUUGGUUUGAGUCGGAGACUGUGGCGCAUUGCUAACUGCUUUGUGGUGUCAUUGGCAGUGACGGACCUGCUGCUAGGGCUUCUUGUAUUGCCCUUUUCUGCCACUGUGGAGAUAAGUGGUGGGAAGUGGGCUUUUGGCGGAGCCUUGUGCAACAUUUACAUCUCCAUGGAUGUCUUGCUUUGUACAGCCUCAAUCCUGACCCUUCUGGCCAUCAGUGUGGACCGAUACCUGGUGAUCUCGUCACCUCUCAGCUAUACCAGAAGAGUCACUCCCCCCAGGGUGACACUGGCCAUCACUGCCAUCUGGGCUCUUUCUCUGGCCGUGUCUUUUCUCCCCAUUCACAUGGGCUGGAACACAUCGGACUACAGUGUCCAACACGUGGACUGGAAAAUCGGCGAGGAGGACAAAAAGGGACGAUACUGCGUGUUUGAAUGGAAUAACAACUAUGUUCUUUUUUAUACCAUUACCACCUUCUACCUGCCACUGAUGCUGAUGACGGGGAUGUAUCUGUGUAUUUUCAGAGUGGCACGAAAGCAGGUGCAGCGCAUCCGUGCCAACACACCAUCAUUUGCACGAGCGUCAACGGCCGCCAUCUUCCAGGAACACAAAGCCACAGUGACUCUGGCUGCUGUGCUCGGCGCCUUCAUCAUCUGCUGGUUUCCUUACUUCACCUUCUUCACCUGCGUGGGCGUCAAUUCGAGAAUGACCCCGCCUCCCAACAUGCUUCAUUCCGUGGUCCUGUGGCUUGGAUAUUUCAACUCAGCACUAAACCCGAUCCUCUACGCACUGCUCAAUAGGGACUUCCGCCGUGCUUAUGUGGACCUUCUUUUCUGCAAACGGUUCUCCUGCCAAAAACUGCAGAAUGCACACAUCCACGUGCAGAAACGUCUCAGUUUCAGUAACGGACAAAGACUUUCCAAACAGUCAGAGGAACAGAAGGCUAAAGCAAGGAAGGAGAGUCAGAUCAUAACACUUCAUCUGCAUGACAUGAACGGUUUGUCUGAGGAGCCAAGGUGAAAGGUCAGAAUAAUAUAAGAUAAUUUGCACAAAACGCCACUUCAGAAGAGAAGAGCAGUUUAAAAACCCAAGGUCCAAACACAUUUAAGUAAAAACUGAAGUACUAGUGUUUUCACAUUGUCAUCACUGACACCCAAGUUUGAUUCAAGACAAAUGGAUGACUCAGUAUGGUUUCUUACAGGCAUUGGAGAGACGCUGGCGGUUAAUCAUUUGCAACUUUUUCUCAAUGUGUGACAGCAGGGUGAUUUGAUACAUGAAAUAAAUCAACAAGCUCACUUUCUGCACACUCUGCACAGCUCAAAAAGAAUUCCCAACAAUGCUGUUGUUCAAUAUUCAACCGUCAGUCAGCAGUUUCUCUUCUGACAAUGGAGAAGUAGUAAUGUUUUAUUGAUUAUACACAAGGAUUUUGUCGUUUUAAGUGCAAGAGCAAGAAACUAGUGGUCAGCCAACUCAUAUUUAUUCAUAAUGAAGUGUGUUGGAUUCCUAAAAGUGAACAGAGAAAAGUGUGUGUUCACUCACGGUAGACUUAGUCCCUCAUUGCAUUCACUUGUGUGGCCAAUACUGCACACUUUAAUAAUAAAGUUAGAUGCACACUUUGUCUGUUGACCAGGUCCGCCUCUAUUCUUUUGAACACUAAGGUCAGCAAAGUUUUACGGUGAAGAAAUAUAAUUGAAGUAUUCUGAAGUACAAAGUAUGCAUGUAUAAACCUGGGCAUCAUCUGAGUCCUCAGGUUAGUAGUACUUGUGUACUUAAUUGUUCAAUAAAAUUGACCUGGCUGUAUUCAUGAACAGAAAUAAAAGCGCAGGACAAGUGACACUGUAUGCAGGUCAAAGUGUUUAUUGUUAGAAAAGUCUGACAAUAAUAAAAACUGAAACUACUGUGUGGCAGUUACCAGAAGAAAUGCUUUUUCUUAUUGAGCCCCUCGGAAAUUGGUGAAAAACUGACUUGUGUUUAUUUGUAUGUGUGUCUGUAUUUUGUUGUUAUGUUUGACGUCUAACAUGACUUUCAAUCCUGA